CGUUUUAGAAAACAUCUCUCAUAUCUUCAUGCCAGGGGGUUCAUCACUGUAGAAACAAUUAACUUUGCGCCCAGGUGCUUCAUCGAUGAACAACGACAGAAGGACCUAGAAAACAAAGGAGAGAGAUCCCAUACUAAACCAACUCUAACCACGCUAACAACGUAAUUCAUGGUAACAUUUUACAUUUUGAGAAAGAAAAUCUUGAUCGCUGAAUCGGAGAAAAUUAUUGAUAUAUUUGGAAGGGCAAGUUGAUAAUAUUGCGCAAGACAAACCCAGGCCAAGGGUUUUCAACUUUCGUCGCAAUACGUGCAAGCUUCUUUGUGAGGACUUAGGCGGGAAGUGUUUGCUCUUGUUGGAAAGCUGUUUAUUUUUCUCUCAACAACACUUUCGCGGAAUGCCAUUACCCGCAGAGGUUAAAGGGCUGAUAUUUGAUUGUGACGGGACAUUGCUGGAUACGAUGCCUUUACACUGGAAGGCUUGGUGUGCAAUCUGCAAGGAAACUGGUUUAAAGUUUGACAAGGAGAGCUUCUUCGCUCUUGCAGGAGUACCUGGGAGAGAGAUUAUUCGCGAACUAGCAAACCAGCAAGGGAUCAAUUUAGAUCCUCUCGAAGUGUACGCUAGGAAGCGAUCUUUCUUCCUCAAAGGACUACAAUCUGUGAAAAUAAUUCCUUGCGUUGUACGCUUUGUUUUGGAGGCUCGACGCCUUGGUAUUCCAACAGCAGUAGCAUCAGGGAGUUCCCGUGUUCAAGUCGAACAAGCUCUGAUAGAAGCUGGGAUUCGUGACUUGUUCGACGAAAUUGUUGGAAACGAAGAUUAUCAGAAUGCGAAACCUCAUCCUGACGCAUUCCUUACAGCUGCAGAAAGAUUGGGUAUAAACCCUCACGACUGCUGGGCGUUUGAAGACUCGGACAUUGGAAUUGAAGCAAUAAAAAGAGCUAACUUUGCCAAAUUUGUGGAUGUGCGGCUUCUAGAGGGGUAUCCUGGGAAGGUAGACUUGAAAGUAAAGGCUAGGGAUUGAGGGUUCCUGAAAUGAAGAUACACAAGCCACAUUGUGAGGUGCUGACCAGUCCAGAUGGCCUCCACAAGUUUCAGAGCCAACCAGGACUGAUUUAGGGUUAGACUGCAGAGCCUCCUCACUAGCAAUCAUAGAUGACUGUUAAAAAUUUGCAUUUACUUGAAUUGGAGAAUUCACCAUGAGUGUAAUUUCCCUGUUGGCACAGGAAAACAAGUAAAGCAGGAGGUAGUAAUCAACACUAGUGUGAAUGAACAGCCUUCAAAGAAACAUUAAGAUUUAGAGGGUCUGCACCCUUUAGAAGUGUCUAACAACAAAAAAAAAUUUUCAGGAAUUCCAAGCCAUGUUAGGCACUAAUAAGAUGCAAUUCAAGUAGUUAAUUUAAGCAGUUAUCACUUGAAAAGGAGAAUACUGUUGUAUCAUACUUGUUCUACUUAGACUUUUAUGUGAAGUACUAGACAAGUGCAGUCUUGAAGUGUGAUAAAUACACCAUUGCUUUUAUGCUUAUGAAAUUUUUACCUGAAAUACAGAGUAGGUGAUAUAACAUGUUAGUUGCUUUUGUGUACAUAUUCUUUUAUCGUUUAACUUUUCUUUCUAAGAACACAUCAGUAGUCACUUGCCAAAAAAUAUGUAAGUAGCAUUAUUAAUUUAAUAUUAUAUUUAUUCAAUAAAAUGCCCUUGCCCCACUACAAUUUGUUCAUAAAUGGAGUGAUUCAAACUGACAAUACCAAUAGCUACAGCUGUGGUAUUUUCAAAUGUUUGAUUCACACAUGGAUAACAUUUAUCAGAGAGCAAACAGUAUUUUAAGUACUGUUAUUUUAACAAUUCAUAGAACUUUACAUGUAGUGUAUUGGAGUCAACAACAAAUUUCAUUUUUGGGCUUAAAACUUUUCAAACCAGUUCUGUAUUUUUCUAUCUCUUGUAUCUUAUUAUUACCAUUGUUAUCAUUAUAACAAUCUGAAACAUAGUAAUAGUAAAAUGAAACUGGUUCGAAAAGCUUAAACCAAAGAUCACCAAUAUCCACACACAAGGAUUCAAAAUAUGAAUUUGAGCUAGGCACUGAUUUGUUUUCCUUUGUCUCAUUCCACACCUCUAAACAGUUUGAUUUAAAAACUUUUUUUGAAGUUCAGAUAAACACUAAACACAGUUUUACAUGUUUAAUGUUCAUCUAAAUGUCAAAGAAGUUUUUAAAUUAAACUGAAAAGUGCAGUGAAAUGAGUAGAGGGAAAAUGAAACAGUGUAUAACAAAUUAGCAUCAUAAACAUUUUCACAAUGAAAAAUAAAUAUCUCAAAACUUUGU